CGCCAUUUUGUUUCUCCUCACAAGCUGAGAUGGCGGCCGGGCGGGGAGGCUGAAGGUUGCUCGCUGAGGUGAGGGGUCUCUCUCUCUCCGGGCGCUUGGCCCCGCAGGGCUCCUUCCCCCGGGGGGGAGCAGCCGGUCCAUGGCCAGCUGCGGUCGCCAUGGACCUGCGCACGGCCGUGUACAACGCGGCCCGCGAUGGGAAGCUGAAGCUGCUGCAGAAGCUGCUGGGCAGCCGGAGCCGGGAGGAGCUGGAGGCCUUGACGGCGGGGCCGGGCGGGGGUGACGGCCCCGGGGGAGGGAGCACCCCGCUGCUGAUCGCCGCCCGGCACGGCCACCUGGAGGUGGUGGAGUACCUGCUGGAUCACUGCGGGGCCCGCGUGGAGGAGGGCGGCUCGGUCAGCUUCGACGGGGAGACCAUCGAGGGGGCCCCGCCGCUCUGGGCCGCCUCGGCCGCCGGGCACCUGCGCGUGGUUCGCAGCCUCCUGGACCACGGCGCCUCGGUGAACCAGACCACGCUGACCAACUCCACGCCGCUGCGCGCCGCCUGCUUCGACGGGCACCUGGACAUCGUGCGCUACUUGGUCGGGGAGCGCGGCGCCGACCUGGAAGUCGCCAACCGGCACGGACACACCUGCCUGAUGAUUUCUUGCUACAAAGGGCAUCGGGAAAUCGCGCGGUACUUGCUGGAGAAAGGGGCCGAUGUCAACCGGCGCAGCGUGAAGGGGAACACGGCGCUGCACGACUGCGCCGAGUCCGGCAGCCUGGAGAUCCUGCAGCUGCUGCUCCGCUCCAAAGCCCGCAUGGAGAAGGACGGCUACGGCAUGACCCCGCUGCUGGCGGCCAGUGUCACCGGCCACACUAACAUCGUGGAGUACCUCAUCCAAGGAGGGCUGCAGCAGGAGGAGGAGGAGGCUGCGGGGAGCCAAAACGGGACCUGUGCCUCAGGUGGGAGCCGUCAGAGGUGCUGCAGCGCUGGCAAGGAAACCCCUCAGGGCUGUGGCGAAGAGACGUGUUGUGCUUCAGCUUCCAGUCAGGAUGAGCAGCAGGUCCCGAACGUGUUCUGCACUCGCGAGGCUGCUGUGGAAGCGCUGGAGUUGCUGGGGGCUACGUUUGUGGAUAAGAAACGUGACCUUUUGGGAGCGCACAAGUACUGGCGAAGGGCGAUGGAGCUUCGGUGUGAGGGUGGGCAGUAUCUGCCCAAACCCGAGCCCCGGCAGCUGGUGCUGGCCUACGACUAUUCCCGGGAGGUGAGUUCUCUGGAGGAGCUGGAAGCCCUGAUCACUGAUCCGGACGAGAUGCGCAUGCAGGCGCUGCUGAUCAGAGAGCGCAUCCUGGGCCCUUCCCACCCAGACACGUCCUAUUACAUCCGCUACCGAGGGGCGGUUUACGCCGACUCCGGCAACUUCGAGCGCUGCAUUAACCUGUGGAAGUACGCUCUGGACAUGCAGCAAGGCAACCUGGAGCCUCUCAGCCCCAUGACUGCCAGCAGUUUCCUUUCCUUUGCUGAGCUUUUCUCUUACGUGCUUCAGGAUCGCUCCAAAGGCACUUUAGCUACUCACUUGGGCUUCUCGGACCUGAUGGGAGUGCUGAGCAAAGGGGUCCGGGAGGUGGAGAGGGCGCUUGUGCACGGCAAGGACCCUGUAGUUGACUCGGCGCAGUUCACCAAGACACUGGCCAUUAUCCUCCACCUGGUUUUCUUGCUGGAGAAGGUAGAGUGCACCCCGGAGCAGGAACACCAGAAGCGCCAGACUAUCUACCGCCUGCUAAAGUGCAGUCCCCGGGCCAAGAACGGCUUCACUCCUUUGCAUAUGGCUGUGGACAAAGAUACCACGACAGUGGGACGUUAUCCCGUGGGCAAAUUCCCAUCGCUCCACGUCGUCAACUUGCUUCUGGAGUGCGGGGCCGACCCUGACAGCCGCGACUAUGACAACAACACCCCGCUGCACGUCGCCGCCCGCAACAACUGCCCGCUGAUCAUGAGCGCCCUGAUGGAGGCCGGAGCCCACAUGGACGCCACCAACGCCUUCAAGCAGACGGCGUAUGAGCUGCUGGAUGAGAAGCUGCUCACCAAGAGCAUGAUGCAGCCCUUCAACUACAUCACCCUCCAGUGCCUUGCUGCUCGCGCCCUGGACAAGCACAAGAUUCCCUACAAGGGUUUCAUCCCCGAGGAGCUGGAAGCCUUCAUUGAACUGCACUAGGGAGAGGUGACGUCCCCGGCCUUGCUUGUCACCCAUUUCACCCCGCAGAGCCUGAGAUCUCAGGCCAGCCUCGCCUCGGUGCCGAAGGCCAUCGCUGUGCUGAGAUGGGCUGCGAGCUUUGUCCUCGUGUGUCGCCGUGGAGCUGACACGCAGGGGCGGGGGAGGAGGAGGCUGCAGAGCUCCCGCUGUCCCUCGUGGUUGGCGUCUCCAGGUACCAGAUCUCUCCAGCGCGCUGUGUCCAGAGAAGGCGACAGCCCCUGCCCCUUCCCCUGCCAACCGCCUUGUCCCGCGACGGAAAACGGAGAUUCCCUGGGACCCGCCGCCUCUCCCGUUAGUGCUGGAUUAACUCAGCGUUAAGCUUUGGAGCAGCUACACAUCACACACAUGCUCUCACCUUCCCAUCCCAAAUACUGAGCAGAUAGCAAUGCAAGUGAGGAAUAAAAUACCUUCCAGCUAAUUAUUUCCCUACCCCCUUCUCAGAUUUGGGACAGUACGAGUCUCACAGCCCAGUGGCCUGUGCUCUCUGAGGCCGUCACUGUGUGUGGCCGUAGGGCUGGGUGUGCUGAUGACGGUUUCAUUUGUUCUGCCUUGGUUGGUCAAGUAGCAAGUGGUGUUAAAAGCCUGAGAUUUCAAUGAUUGUGCAUAAAGCUGGGUUAUUUCUUCUCUUUUAGAGCCAGGCCCUAUCUAUGCUGCAAGACUUCUUCAAUCCUGUAAGAUAUAGUAAGGUCAGUUCUGGUUAUAUAGUUUCAUCGAUAGAUGUUGGGGUUUAUGAAUGGGGAGGAGAAACUGCUACCUUAAAAACAAAAUCCUAACACGAUGUUCAGGCCGUUAGCUUGCCCGUUCUGUGCACGUUCCCUCCCUUCUCCACACGGAGAUCCUGGAGCACAGUGCGAUUGGGCUGCACAGGGUGGAUGGAUCCGGGUUUCAGAGCCAAACCAGAGCACUUGGAACCAGUUUUUGGGGACAGGCUCUCGCAAGCCCUCUAGGAUGAGAGGUACUUGGAGUGUGGGUGGUUCUUGGAGGGUUAUUAAAGCAAGUGAGUGUUGGUGGCAUGUUUGCAUGAGGGUGGUCUGAAGGAAGAAAGAAACGACAGUUCAAGGUGCCUUCUUGUUCCUCUGAGGUUCAUUAGUAUCAGCCCAGUGGGCUCUGUUAAUUACCCCAUCCUGAAAACCUCCACCAAGGCGGUUGUUAGCAUCUGGGUUUGGCUUUUGAUUCUUUUUUGCAACUUUACUGAGGAUGGUGCUACUUCAAAGAUGGAAUUUGAAAUCUCCUUUGGCUACUGGUUGGGCAAGCUCCCUUCUUUAAUUAGGAUCUGCACACAACUUGUUUUUCUCUUGAAAUCCAUGGUCUCAUGGGAGGGAUUUGCCUCCAUUAGCAGAGCCCUCCUUGGUGGUGACAGCGCUGGUAAACACGCUGCUGUCCCAGCAGUUUAUGGUCUUGCAGGGGAGUGACGGGGCCUUGGCAGCCAGGGGCUCAUUUCUUGGCCCCGGGCAGGGUGGAGAGGGCACAGUUGGGGGUGAAGCAGCUGCCGCUGAGCUUUGGGAAAGGUCAGGGCUGGGAGAGCAGAAGCGCUGAUAGAACAACCAUGCACUAUAUGCUACUGAAGCUUCUCUACUUGUAUUUAUAAGCCAGCGUAUCCAUACGCCUCGAUAACCGACGCUCUGUGCCCCUUCAAGAUAUUGUAGCUCUGCCAUUACAUUUUUGCAGUGUUAACUAUAACAUUUAUUUAUAAAGCAAGGAGGCUUAACUUUUAUUGAGCUGUAAAGCGCAGAGUUAGUUUAGCUACGUUCUAUAUUAUAUUUUCCUUGCGGCUGAAACCUGAACUAAACUGCAGGAAUGGAAUUUGUUAAUUUGUGAGCUGAUGAGCGCUCUUAACUUUAAAUAAUAAAACAAGAAAUGGCUGCUAGAACACAA